AGGAGCCCGGCGGACGAGUUUAUGGCGGUUCUUUUGACUCCGUGGUUCCGUAGCCUUGGCAGCCAGAGCCAGUUUCCCGGCCCAGGGCGGAGUGUGUCAAGUUUCGUGAGCCCUAGAGAUGUUUUCUGCCGGAAAAGGAGGACAGGAUGCUCUGGUCCUUUUCAAGCUACUCAGCUAUGGGAUGGUAUUAUUCACUCCCUUCAGACUCAAGUGGUAAUAAAAAGAAGGAGGCAUCAUUUACGAACAUACAGAGGCUGUUUUACUGGUUCUGAUGCUGUUGAUGUAGUACUAAGUCACCUUAUGCAAAAUACGUGCCUGAGCAGUAAUGAUAUCUCUCGUCUUAAAGGAGUUCGUCUUUGUCAACUUCUAAUGAACCAUAAAGUAUUUGAACCAGUAGAAAUGAAGCUAUUCAAAAAUGAAAAGGAAUUGGAAUUUGAGGAUUCAAACAAUAGUCUCUACAGGUUUCUAGGGAAUAAAUCAUCUUAUGUAUUUUGCAAAAGAAAAAAGGAUUCUGAGACUGGGUUAAAUGAUGAAAUAAAAGCAAAGGAAUCUUUAAGACCAGAAGGCAAAGUGAUUUCAAAUCCUCUAGCACAAGAGAUUGGUGAGGAAAGAAUUGAGGAACUUAUUGAUACAAUGAGUGGGACUCUGGCUUUACCUCCAAACAUCACAGUUGACAAACCUGUUCUUCCACUUUCAAAAGAAGGAUUGAUAACUGGCUUAAUUCAGCAAUUGAAUGCUUGGAAUAUUUCCCUGACCAGUUAAUAGUUACUGUCAGUGAGCAGUUAGUUCAAAACAGAAAUGAAGAGACAAGAUUGAAUACACAGAAGAAGUUACUCUUUGAUGUCAUAGUAAAAUAUUAUAAUCAAGAGAGAGAUUGCUUAUUAACUGAUGAGUAUUUUGAUAUUCAUUCAGGAAUUAUUGAACUUUUAGGUAAGAGAUGUUUAAACUUCAGUUUUUUUGCAUAAUCUUUUUUAAUAAUACAAGUUGCAGAAGAUUUUAUGUAUUAUAUGAGUAUUACAUUUUAAUAUUUUUCUUCUAUGAUGUCAAAGUACUUCAUAGAGUCUUUUUUCAAUUCACUUGGCCUGCCACGUAAAUUGUACUAUCAAAUGUAAUACUGUAGUAUAGCAAUUAGAUCUAAGGUAAUUCUAUCACAGGGACAUUCUAAGAAAAAUUUUGAUAUAGUACUAGAGGAUUAAAGAACUGAGGUAUCUGGAAAUAUUGUAUUAAUUUGAUGACCUUUUAGCAAAAUAAAAAUUGAGUGACACAUCAUGUCUCUUUUUUAGCUUUGUAGGUGGCCAUAUAAUUUCAUGUUAAAAACAAAUUGCUGUUUGACAA